UGGAAAAAGUGAAGAGUGUAGUGGAGGGGAAGAGGUCUGAACAGAAAGGACAGCUUGUUUCGUGAUCUCGAAUAGAUCUUGCAAGAAAAUUGAAAUUUUCAUUUUUUUUUUAAUGUCCGAAACUUAUGAGUAAUUUUUUUUUUUUAAUAAUUUCGGGGCUUAUUGGAUCACUUGAGAUCUGAAUAGCAGAAGAGCACCAAUCUCAGGCCCCUCUCUAACUCUAAUGCUAGCCCUCUCCGCCGGGAGACACAUUGGGUAAUGACGGCGGUGAAGUCUCCUCAACAAGCAGUGGCUUCCUCAACGCUCUGUUCCAUCCAUGGAUCUCUCCUCACUCUGGCCACCCUAACCCUAAUCUCAUUUACCUACAUUUCCCUCAAAUCCCUCCACUCUCCUUUUCAUGACCCUUCCUUCAAUUCCUCGCCUCCUCCUCAGGUGAUUAGCCGAGUGGAACAUUUGGUUGAGGAGGAGGAUUCGCCAUUUUCGGAUGUUUAUCAUUCGCCGGAGAUUUUUAGGUUGAAUUAUAGGGAGAUGGAGAAGAAUUUCAAGGUGUAUAUAUAUCCUGAUGGGGAUCCCAAUACGUUUUACCAGACGCCCAGGAAGCUCACCGGCAAGUACGCCAGCGAGGGUUACUUCUUCCAGAAUAUUCGAGAUAGUCGAUUCCGUACGAAUGAUCCGGAUCAGGCUCACCUCUUCUUCAUUCCGAUCUCGUGUCAUAAGAUGCGAGGGAAGGGCACAUCAUAUGAGAACAUGACUGUAAUUGUCCAGAAUUAUGUGGAGAGCUUAAUAUCCAAGUAUCCUUACUGGAAUAGAACCCUGGGUGCUGAUCAUUUUUUUGUUACUUGUCAUGAUGUUGGUGUGAGGGCAACUGAAGGAGUUCCAUUUCUGGUAAAGAAUUCAAUUCGAGUUGUGUGCUCUCCAAGUUAUGAUGUUGGAUUCAUUCCGCACAAAGAUGUUGCUCUCCCUCAAGUAUUGCAACCUUUUGCUCUUCCUGCUGGAGGAAAUGAUAUAGAAAACAGGACAACUCUUGGCUUUUGGGCUGGUCAUCGGAACUCCAAAAUUAGAGUUAUACUAGCACGUGUAUGGGAGAAUGACACUGAACUUGACAUUAUGAACAACAGAAUAAAUAGAGCUGCUGGAGAGCUUCUAUAUCAAAAAAGAUUUUACAGGACUAAGUUCUGCAUAUGCCCAGGAGGUUCCCAGGUCAACAGUGCUCGCAUAGCAGAUUCAAUCCAUUAUGGAUGUGUUCCUGUGAUAUUGUCCAAUUAUUAUGACCUGCCAUUUAAUGACAUCCUUGAUUGGCGAAAAUUUUCGGUUGUACUCAAGGAGCUUGAUGUAUACCAGCUUAAACAAAUCCUCAAGGACAUACCUGAUGCAGACUUUGUUGCACUGCAUAACAACUUGGUCCAGGUCCAGAAGCACUUCCAAUGGAAUUCACCUCCCAUCAGAUAUGAUGCAUUCCAUAUGAUCAUGUAUGAGCUCUGGUUGCGCCACCAAGUGAUUAAGUAUUGAUAUAAUGAAUAUAAUUCUGGUCCCUUGAUGCCAACUAAUAUCUUGUAAAUUGACAUAAUUCUUCUGUCAAAAUCUUUGUGUUCUAAGUAUUGAUAGGUCAAUUUUAUAGUUUUCUUUUUUCUGUGUAAUCAUUCUUUUUGCAAUAACCUCUCUGCCAAAAAGGAAAAAAAGGUUCUGCUAUGUUA